AUGUCGACACUUGACACUUGACAUCUGCCUGUCCAGGAGUGUGCUGCGCAUUUCCCAGUCACACCCUCUCUCGUCUUCUAGUUAUUCUAUCUCGAUAGCACUUGUUCUUUCGUUGUUUCAGUGCGCCCUUUCUCGCAAGACAGUUCCGGGGGUUUCUCCGUUUCACAUUCCUCAUUGGCCACCCCGACGCCUUUUUCUCGACGUCCUCGACGUCUCGCCCCAUCUGCGGUGCCCUCCCCUUGCGGACAACAUUGACUUCAGUCGUUUCUACUUGCGAUAAUCGGUCGCGCCUCCACCGCCGCAAAUGCGGCUCCUCGCACCCCUCGACUUUCUCCCCUUCUCCUCGCUCCUCCUCAUCCUCCCCACUCUCGUCUCCGCGCAGCUCGGCAUCGAGGUCACCAAAACCGUAGACUGUGCUAGGAAGACUCAGAACGGCGAUAUAAUCAAAGUACACUACCGCGGCACGCUGCAGAGCGAUGGCUCGGAAUUCGACUCGAGUUACAACCGCGGUCCGCCGUUUGAGUUUACUCUGGGGAAGGGACAGGUGAUACAAGGAUGGGAUGAAGGAUUGUUGGGCAUGUGUAUCGGAGAGGGCAGGAAGUUGACGAUCCCACCGAUUCUGGGGUAUGGGAAUAAUCAGGUUGGGAAGAUUCCGCCAGGGUCGACACUGGUCUUUGAAACAGAACUUAUGGGCAUUGAGGGCGUGGAGAAAGAGACUAGUCUUCCUCCUCCUCCUCCGCCGCCUCCAAGACCGACGAUUGCUCGUCCGCCGUCAGGGGAUGGCCCCGUCACAGCGAUUCCACCAACGCCUGCCCUGACACCUUCGCCGGAGCCUUCAUCUAUCUUGUCUAUCCCCGCGACUUCUGCUGCGGCAGCAGUGGAAAGCCCAAUGCCGAGUUCAGACAAAGCUAGUCCGAUGGAGGUAGAGGACAACGGAGAGUGUCAUCUCCUAGGGUCAUAUGCCCUGAUUGUGCAAGGCGCGCUUGGGCUAUUGGCCGUCUCAUCUCUAGUGUAUAAGAGAUGGCGUGAGACGCCACGACGGCCUAUCAAAAUUUGGUUCUUCGAUGUGUCUAAACAGGUCUUCGGCUCUGUUCUGCUCCAUCUCGCCAACAUCCUCAUGUCGAUGCUUUCAUCCGGGACCUUUGACGUAGCUGCAAAGACCAAAGCAACACCGCAAUAUGCGGGCCAAGACGAUGAAGGGAAACAGCCAAACCCAUGUUCCUUCUACCUCCUCAACAUCACUAUCGACACAACAAUCGGCAUCCCGAUCCUAGUCUUGCUCCUCAAACUCCUCCACCGUGCAUUCCUCCUCACGCCCCUCGCUAGCCCUCCGGAAUCCAUCCGCUCCGGCAACUACGGUCACCCACCCCGUGCUACAUGGUGGCUCAAACAGUCCAUCAUCUACUUCCUCGGGCUCUUUGGGAUGAAACUCUGUGUCUUCAUUAUCUUCCAACUCCUCCCAUGGAUUGCAUGGGUCGGCGACUGGGCGCUUCGCUGGACAGAAGGCAACGAAGCCAUCCAGAUCACCUUUGUCAUGUUCGUCUUCCCGUUGAUCAUGAAUGCGAUCCAAUACUGGAUCAUCGAUGGGUUUAUCAAAGACCCUGCCAGCGGCGAAGGGAGAUAUCAGGGUGUGGGAAGUGUAGACGAGGAUGAGGAUGAUGAUUCAUGGUUGGAACGGCACAGGAGGAGUAGGGUGAGAGAUACUGAUGAGGACAGUGAUGUGGAUGUCGAAGCAGCAGAGACGGAACCGCUUAAGGAGGCGAAUCCGACGGCAAUUCCCGUGAGGGGGAGUGAGGGGAAGGGGAGGGAGUUGUAUGAUCCUGCGCCGGGGAGUAGUGGGAGCGAGAGUAUUAGGGUGGGAAGGUAGGUUAGGUUGUCUCCCUAACUUUAUUUUGCCACUCUUUGGAUUCUUUGUGGGGAUUAGAUUGCGGGUGUUGGUAUUAGAUCGCUGGCUAUCCUUGCUGCGCAUGAGCUGUAAAACGUAUAUACACUGAGAUGGCGGUUCAAUUCUUAUAGUUAUCGAUUCCUCUGUCCGGCGUGAAUCAAGGC